AUGGGUGUUCUUGAUAUUUUGACCAGGAAGAAGGGUGUCAUCGUUGGCGACGAUGUCUUGAACCUUUUCAAAUAUGCUAAAGAGCACAAGUUCGCCAUUCCCGCCAUUAAUGUCACAUCCUCCUCAACCGUCGUUGCGUCCCUGGAGGCCGCUCGUGAUGCCAAAUCACCGAUUAUCAUCCAGAUGUCCCAAGGAGGGUCUGCCUACUUCGCUGGAAAGGGUGUUUCCAACACUGACCAAUUUGCGUCAAUUUCCGGUGCCAUCUCCGCCGCUCAUUACAUCCGUAGUAUUGCCCCAGCAUACGGGAUCCCCGUCGUUCUCCAUACAGAUCAUUGCGCAAAGAAACUGCUACCAUGGCUGGACGGUAUGCUUGACGCCGACGAGAAGUACUUCGCCGAGCAUGGUGAGCCUUUGUUCAGUUCCCAUAUGAUCGACCUGAGCGAGGAGGACAAGGAGCACAACAUUGCCACAACUAAGAAAUACCUUGAGCGGGCAGCACCGAUGAAGCAAUGGCUAGAGAUGGAGAUCGGUAUCACCGGCGGUGAGGAGGAUGGUGUAGAUAAUACUGGCGUUGACAACAGCUCCCUCUAUACGCAGCCCGAGGAUAUCUAUGAUGUCUAUGCUGCCCUCUCCUCAGUCUCACCCUACUUCUCCAUUGCCGCCGCUUUCGGAAACGUCCAUGGUGUUUAUAAACCUGGUAAUGUUAAGCUUCACCCCGAGCUGCUUGGUAAGCAUCAAGCGUACACAAAAGAGAAGAUCAACUCCAGCGAGUCGAAACCUCUGUUUUUGGUCUUCCAUGGUGGCUCUGGCAGCUCAAAGGAUGAAUUCAAGCAGGGCAUUGAGAACGGCGUGGUGAAGGUCAAUUUAGAUACCGACCUGCAGUAUGCCUAUCUCACUGGUAUUCGUGACUUUGUUUUGAGCAAAACCGACUACAUCAUGAAGCAAGUUGGCAAUCCUGAUGGCGAUGACAAGCCAAACAAGAAAUACUUUGACCCUCGAGUCUGGGUUCGCGAAGGUGAAAAGACCAUGUCCGCUCGUGUUAAAGAGGCCCUAGAGGACUUCAACACAGCGAAUCAGUUGUAG